UAUCAUUAAUUUCAGACAUUGUGUAUGGUGGAUGAGAAGAGAAAAAACACACUCAUAAUUUACAAUGGAACUGUCAUCUCCUGAAGAAGAAGACUUUCCUGGACGACUCCUUCAUCAGGCUGCGCUAUGGGACAACGCAGAGCUGCUGGAGGAUUUACUGCGGGGCGAUCAGUUAGGGCUGAUGGACAGCCAGGACUCGUGGGGCCGAACCCCACUCCAUGCUGCGGCCACCACAGAGAACUCCCGCUGCCUUAGAGUGUUGUUACAGGCAGGUGCAAACCCAAAUGUUCCAUGUGGACCAAGAGGAGAAAACAGGACCCCACUGCAUGUCUGCGCAGAGCAUGGAUUUGUGGGAAAUGUUAUGUUGCUGUUGGCUCACAAUGCAGACCUGCUCGCAAGAGAUAGCGCAGGUCUUACGCCACUGGACAUUGCAGAAAAGGGAGAACACGCUGAGUGCAUGCAAGUCCUCAAGCAGGCAGCAGACUCGAGGGAGCUGGCUAGGCACAAUGCUCAUCUUGCACUGCGCGAGGCUUGUGCCAGUGGGGACAUUGCACAGGUGCGAACGCUCAUCAGUCAACUGGGCAGUGAGGCAGGGCUGGUUGUUAAUAUGGCCCCCAACGGCUCCAACACCCUUCUCUACACGGCGUGUGAACUGGGGCGUAAGGACAUAGUGAAGGCUCUACUGGAUGCUGAUGCUGAUGGCCGCAUCCAUCCGGUUACUCGCUACUCUCCACUCUACAUUGCCUGUUUUAAAGGUCACAAAGAUGUAGCAGAGCUUCUCCUUAAGAGGUUUCCCCAGCUAGUGCAGCUGUGCACUGUAGAAAGGUGGCUGCCCAUCCAUGCAGCAUGUUUUAAUGAUCAUGUGCAGAUCAUGGAUCUUCUGCUCAAGUUCAACUAUCCCCAACAUUUGCUAUCCACUUAUAGGGUGCGAGCCUACCACUCAAGUGAUACGGAGAGUUCGUGGCUCAGUAUCUGGGCGGCGAUUCAAGCGGACUUUGAGCUCUUGAGAGAUGGGGACUGGGAGUACCAGUUAGCGUUUGACGUUAACAUGAAGGAUGUGACAGGAAAUAACGUUCUGUACCUGGCUUGUCUGGUUGGCAACUAUAAGAUGGUGGACUUACUGCUCAAAUUUAAGGUCAAAGCAACAAGAGUCAAGGAGCAAUCUACGUCGGAAUGUGAGGGGGAGGCAGAAGGAGACGUGCUGAGCCCCACAAGAGGACGUCGCAUUUCGGAUGGUAUACUGGGCAUCAUGUCUCGCCUAAACCUGGGAUCCCGUCCAGUAGGAGAUGCCACGGAGCGACUGCUGUGUCCUUGGGAAUUAGAUGCGUAUUGUAAUAACCACACGGAGACUGCAUUGCACAUCGCAGUUCGGGGUCGGCAUGGAGACAUAGUCAAUGGCCUGCUUGCUGCAGGGACCAACCCCAACCUGCUUACUCAGCGGGCCUCUGGCGAACAGCCACAGUUGGGGCAGAGUGAGGAGGCGAUGUCAGCACUAGAGGAGGCCUGCCUCAACCGAGAUAUCGCCGUCGUCGAUCUGUUGUUGAAGCACGGGGCAAGGGAUGAUGACUGUCGCGCUCUUGCUGUUGUAGUCAAGAACAAGGAUGACAUUCUUACAGCCAAACUGCUCUCCAUCAAGGCUCACCCAGACCCUGAGAAUCGUAUCAACAAGAAGGCAAUGAGUGAGCAGGUACCAGCAGCCAGCACACAGUUCAGUGGCCUUCAGAGUCUUACCUACAGUAACAUGUUUGCCAACACGCCUGUGAUGAUCAACUGGCACUGCCAGCGCUGCCAACUCAGCCAGAUACGUCCCCAGUGGCUUGUGGAUGCAGCUCUCCAUGUUAAUCCUAAGCUGCGAUUAAACCCUCGGAGCCAGGACUUGGUUCUCUACGCCAUUACAAGACUUGACGUGUCCAACAACUCUCUAACCUGGGUGCCUUCUGUAGUGUUCCAACUGCAGAGCCUCAGGCACCUAAAUCUCGCUCACAACAAAAUAGAGAAGCUGCCAAGUGAGAAGGACUCUCCCCAGUUGGAUGCUGGAGACAGAGGCAACAAGAAGAGAUUAAAGCAUGCACUCAAACAGUAUUCAGCACCUUUACUAGAAGAACUGUACCUGCAGUAUAACAGGCUAGAGGUGUUGCCCGAUGAGGUGUUCUCACUGCCAGGGCUAGUCACACUUGAUGUGUCCAACAAUAAGCUGCCCACCCUGCCCUGCAAGAUGUGGAGGGCUCCUAAGCUCAAGGAGCUCAAUGCUGCCUUCAACCUACUGAAGGAUCUGCCCACAUUGCAGCAGGAGGAUAUGAGUGACACGGCAAGUGUGUGUUCUAUGGAGUCGUCUCGCAGUGUAGACUCUCAGCUCAGUGCAGUGUCAGAUCUGCCCCCUAUCUUGAUCCCCCAGACCCCUGACCACGAACCCAGUCCAAAGGACAGGAAUGUUCAGUUGCUGGAUCUCACACAGCACAAUCUAUGGAGCCGAAGUGUUCAGGUGAUGGAGCAGAUCUCCUCUAACGAUGAGGACAAUUCACAUGACUGCUCACAUCUCUCUGCACUCAACUUAGCCCACAACCAGUUCACAGCCAUCCCCAACACUCUGUCCUGUCUGGCAGUCAACCUAACUCGGCUCAACAUGGCCUACAACAGCUUGAGGAGUAUGGGCCACAUCACCUCCUACCCCAGCAGCCUGAAGCAGCUAGACCUCAGUCAUAACAGGGUCUGUUGCUGGCCCAGCCUGCCCCAGAUAGAGGUGAUGGACCCCAUGGAGCAAGCGGCCAUCGCCUGCUAUGCUGUAGAUGCUGUGUGCAAACCUUGCAGGCCGGUCUCAGGUCGGCGGCAAGCUGGACGCUCAUUACGCACAGCCAUACUCAACAGCCUCUGUGCACAUCGCAGACAUCUAAGACUGGACAACCUGCGCACAUUGGUGCUUGCUGACAACCAGCUUCUGCGCAUCCAGUUGACUACAGAUGAUGACGGACAGAUCCUACAGGAAAACGAAGACCAUGACCCAGAAUGGGAUCUGAUGGCAGUGAGUGGGGCCAAGUGUCGGCUUAUGUUCCCUGCCCUCAGCAUGUUAGACAUCAGCAACAAUCAAUUACGGGACAUCCCAGUCAGCAUUCAUGAGUUCAACAACCUGUCUGUACUUAAUGUCAGCGGCAACGCAGAUAUCAGUGAACUACCACCACAGAUGGGACUGCUGUCGCGGUUGUGGAACCUGAACACUAGGGGAUGCAGUUUGCAGGAGCCGCUCAAGUCCAUGAUAGAUUCAAAGAAGUACAAGACGAUGGAUGUGGUUGGCUACCUCAAGUCGGUACUGGAGGAUGCCAAGCCGUAUGCUCGGAUGAAGCUAAUGAUCGUGGGAGUGCAGGGUAUUGGCAAGACUUCUCUCCUGGACCAGCUCAGACAGGAGGGCACUGGUUCCUACAAAAAGAAACCUGUUGAGCACUGGGCAAAGCGGAUGGGUAACAAGAACAUCAAUGUGAAGACUAGCAGAGGCACUAACAUGUCAACGGUGGGUGUGGAUAUCAGUGACUGGGUGUAUGAGAAGAAAGUCAGAGGCCAUUCUAACCAUGGACCUGUAGUAUUCAGGACAUGGGACUUUGGAGGCCAGAGAGAGUACUAUGCCACACACCAGUACUUCCUCAGCAAACGCAGUCUGUAUCUGGUGGUGUGGAGAAUACCGGACGGACAACGAGGCAUAGCUGAGAUACUGCAGUGGCUAGUCAAUAUUCAGGCCAGAGCACCUAAUUCACCAGUGCUUAUCAUCGGCACCCACUAUGACAUGAUGCAGCAGUAUCCCUCCUCUCGGUCUGAAGAUCUGCAACAAUUCAUCAGGGACAAAUUCAUCAACAUAGUGGACGCAGAGAAAUGUGGGCUGCCAAGAGUGCUUGAUACUAUAGAAAUUAGCUGCAAGACCAGGCACAAUGUCAAGCUGCUGUGUAACCUGAUCUACGACACAGUCUUCAGCUUGAGACCUCCAGGUAGCAAAGAGUUACUGCUGGAGCAAAGAGUGCCAGCCAGCUACUUGGCAUUGGAAGAUGUUGUGGGACACAUAGCAGCAGAACGGCGCCAAGCUGGCGUGGACCCAGUACUGACAGCCGACCAGUACCGAGCUGUUGUCUGGUCCGAGAUGCAGUACCGGUACCAGCGCACAUUCCGUGACACUGCUGAGCUGCACCAAGCUACACUUUUUCUACAUGACAAUGGUGUUCUCCUCCAUUAUGACGAUGCAACAUUAAAGGAUCUGUACUUCCUGGACCCUCAAUGGCUGUGUGACAUGUUAGCACAUGUAGUCACCAUCAGGGAGAUCAACCCUUUCGCAAGAACCGGUAUUAUGAAAUUGGAUGACCUGAAACAUGUGUUCAAGUCCUCUAACCUGGGCCCAGUGGACACGCGAGGUUACAUUGUAAACUUGCUGAACAAGUUUGAGGUGGCUCUCACAUGGGACAACAGGACGCUGCUCAUUCCCUCCCUACUGCCAGCUGAGGAUGAUGUCCACACAGCGGCUGUCAAGGUCAAGAUUCCUGUGAGAUCAAGAGGCUGGGCGGUCAGAAACAAAAAGAUGUCCAUCCCCUCAGCUUCUACUGUAGUUGGAAACUCUUCAUUUUAUGCUGCUCCUACUUCUGCAGUGCCUGAACUGCCUUGUGAGCUGGAAUUGACGCACCGUGGAGACCCAGAAGUUUGUGUCUCUCGAUUGCUUCUUAUGUCCUACUUUCCGUCAGGCUUCUGGUCACGCCUUAUCACCCGUAUCCUGGCUGACGACUCCAUCGUUGACAUUGUGCGCUCGUUCUUCAUCAUACCCAAAGAGGUAACCCAGGACAGCAGGCUGGCCAGACUCCUGGAUGUCAGGGCGGAGUGGGUGUUAUGGCAGACUGGCAUGGAGCUGAGAUAUGCUGACUCUGUACUAUUCCGGAUGAAGGAGGUCAUUCCCUCCAUGAGAAAUACACCUGUUGACUACAAAAAACUCAGGCUGCGGUUGAAGCAGGAGGGUCUGUGGUCGGAUGUUGACCUAGUGAACUCUUCUAUAUUGGAGAUCCUGCUGCCCCAGGACACCCUGGUAAUCAAGCGACCCAUCACAGAUGAGGACGAGCCCAUCGGCUAUCAGGCCAUUGUACUGGACCCAGCUCCCGAAUGCUCGGCCCAACUGCUAGCACUGGCAGUGGACCAUAUAGACACUCUGCUGGAGGAUUGGUAUCCCACACUUGGGACGAGGUUUGUACAUACAUCGGAAGGCAAGUUUUUGGUAACACGUUUGGUGCCAUGUCCUCGGUGUCUAGCCUCAAUCCAUGAGCUGGAUGGAGACAUUGGUGGGAGACCUCAGCAUCUGCAUCCUCCCCAUUUAGCAGAGGCAUUGCAAGCUGCAGAAGUGGAGGGCAGCCUGCGAAGAGUACGCAAGUCACAGGAGAGCUAUACUUCUGAUGGGGACAGUGGCGUGGGUCCUGACAGUACAGGCUCUAGCCGGAAGACGUCGGUGGAAGGUCACCCUGGAGUGGUGGUGGGUGAGGAGGAGGGAGGAAGGGAAAGGCUCCCCCAGUACUCUUGGAUGGUAGAGGAGUGUAUCCUGGCAGCCUACGACAAGUCCAGCGUCAAGUGCCCUACUCAUGGUGAUGUGUCCUUGGCUCACAUUGCUCCAGAUACGAUGUUCCUGGAUUUGGGCGAGAGACAUCUGAUUCGCCCUCAUAGUUUAGUACGAGGCAAGCUGCUCGGCCGUGGAGCCUUUGGUUUUGUGUUCAAGGGCACAUGUCGUGUACGUGGAUCCAACGACACCAUCCAAGUGGCUAUGAAGAUGCUGCAGCCUGUCCAACCAGGGCCCAAUGCCAGUCAGUCUGCCAUCAUUGCUUACAAGGGAGCACAAGGAAAGUGGGACCGAGACCCUCUUCAAUAUGCCAGCAAGGCCUAUUGUACAGCUCGUCAAGAGCUGAACAUCUUGCUGACAUUGAGACAUCCUCACAUCGUGCCGCUGGUGGGUGUGUGUACACGACCUCUUGCAUUGGUGCUGGACCUGGCACCAUUUGGUGCACUAGAUGCCACCUUGCGCCACUAUCGGCGCACUGGUGCCACACUUAGUCCUUACACGCUGCAAGCAAUUAUAUUGCAGGUGGCUAAAGCUAUUGAGUACUUGCAUCAACAACACAUCAUCUACCGUGAUCUCAAGAGUGAGAAUGUGUUAGUGUGGUCUAUUCCGCCACCCUUCCAUGACCAUCUUGAGGUUCCAGUCCACAUCAAGCUGGCAGACUAUGGGAUAAGUAGACUGACGUUACCGUCUGGUACCAAAGGGUUUGGAGGCACCGAAGGAUUCAUGGCUCCUGAAAUCAUGAGGUAUAAUGGUGAAGAGGAAUACACUGAAAAGGUGGACUGCUUUUCAUUUGGAAUGUUCAUCUACGAGUUACUUACACUGCAUCAGCCAUUCGAGAGUCAUGAAUCAGUCAAAGAGUGCAUCCUAGAGGGAGGUCGACCGCCCCUCACUCAUAGGGAGACAGCCUACCCCACCUACAUGCUGGACUUGAUGGUGCUGUGCUGGUGUCAGCAGCCCAGAGACAGGCCAUCGGCCAGUCAGAUCGUAUCGAUAGCCUCGGCCCCGGAGUUCACUCACCUUUAUGACAUUGUGUCACUCAACCACUCAGCUGCUGUAACUGCCACUGUCACCGCUCCUCUCUCACUCACAGAGGAGACGGGAACGGGAGGUGAGGUAUGGCUGGCGUGUGGGAACAGUCGGGCAGACCAGCUGGUGGUGAGUGGACGGGCCUGUGUGCAGUAUUCAACCCUCUCGCUUCCCGACUGCCCCACCGCUGCCUGUCUAGUGGACGGCUACGUCUGGCUUGGAGACACUGCUGGCACCAUUCAUGUCUUCAGGGUUGGUGACUGUGGUCACGUAUUUAGCUACACACUGGAUCCUGCAGAUUCGACAUGCGUUUGUGCACUGCUGUACCUGACACAACAGGCUCGUGUGGCCGUGGGACUAAGUAACGGCCGGGUGUUCCUAGUGCGCAGUGAUGCCUCCCCCUCAUCCCACACGAUGGCUGAAGGCAGCUUUGUGAUGAGUGAACUAGGCAGCAGCACGGUCCUCCACGCCAUCACCGCCGUGUACUAUAGCAGCGACAGUGGGGAAUGUGAACUGUGGUGUGGAGAGAGCAAUGGAGCUCUCUCCAUUUACCCGAUGAGGGACAAUGUGGUCACGGGCCAUGAGGUGCUGAACCACUAUGAGCCUGUCAUAGCCAACGUCGAUGUAUUGCAAGUGGUGUCUUCUCAUGCCCCGGUCUACUACUCAGGGAGGCUUCCUUCUGUCUGGACAUACGUGUACCCAGGGUGUGUGGUGUACCAGUGGGACCCCAUUACCAGGAUGAUUGUCAAUAAGCUGGACUGCUCCAAGCUGGUGCCUUGCUCAGAGAGCCUCAAGUCCAUCAGUAUAGAGGAGCACCUUAGCCCAGGGCGUUGUCAGGUGACAAGCCUAUGUGUUUUGGACUCAGAGUUGUACAUUGGCACGACAUGGGGCUGUAUAGUUGUGGCAGAACAGGCGACCAUGCGACCCGUUACUGUGUUCCGGCCAUUUCAGGAGGAGGUGUCAGCGAUAUUAGCUCUCCGGCCCGCAACAGAGGGGGACACAGUGUUGGUGACACUGGGCCGUGGCUACCGCAGUCUUAUUCGUCGUUACAAGGACACGGCUAGCACUCCCUCCCCCUCCUCCUCCCACAGUCAUACCUAUGCCUUGCUCUGGGCCAGCAGGAACUGGGCUGCUAUGUAAAUUGUAAAGGCAUUCAGCCUUAGAUCAAGCGUAUAUAAGGGUGACUGAACUCACAGUUUUUAGUUGUGAACGUUUUUAUUGAAUUGUGAGAUUUAACCCCUAAGGGUAAUCACUGGAAUAAAUAACAUCAAUCUAAAAAUUAUAAUAUAUUUAUUAGCACAUAUUAUUAUAUAUUUAAAUUAAUAAUAUAUUUAUUAUUUGAAUGGAAUGAAAAUACCAACUAAAAUGACUUAUCUCAUGAAAUAUUUUAUAUUUCAUUUGUGAAUAGUUAUUACUAUGCUAAAGUAAUUUUUGUAUACAAGAAGACUGUAUUUUGUGAAAGUAAAAGAUGGAGUGAUGGAGUCCAUCCAAAGAAUCAAUUUAACAAAAAUAUAAUUAAGAAAUCACUUGUAAAAUAAAUUACUAUUUUUUAAUAUAAUUAAAUGGAUAAGUAAAUGAAAUUAAUGAUUUUAUAUAAUUUAAAAUAUUGGAAUACUCCAAGUUAUAGUUUUGUUAAAAACUUACAAAUGACAUAUUACCAAAUUAUGAAUUAAGAAAAACGCACUGAGUAAUAAAUAUAUUUAGUAUUAUGACAGUUUUUUUAACUGUUUUAUAAUGGUUUCAUUAUUGAUUCUUUGUUUCUAUCCAGGAAAAAAUUACUGUAAAAUUUCAAAAUAGUUACUUUUAAAUUGUUUUACCACGUACAAUUUUGUGUUUGCCACAUUUUGUUUAUCUGUCUAUCAAAUUUCAUGUGAUAAAGAAUUCUUAUUGAAAUUAAUUGGUAUUGUUUUUAAGAAUUUUCCCUCAUACAAUGUUAAGAAAACAACCUGUCAACUCAAAACAACCCUCAAACAGAGCAGAAGUUAUGUCAAGGUUUUAAACAGCUAUUCACAAUAAUUGUACCAAUUAUACCAGUUAAGUAAGUUUGCUUGCAAAAUUAUUUUAUUAUUAACCAAGUAUUUUUAGUAUAUAUUUAAUUUUUAACUCUUAAAUUUAUUUUAAGUAAUUAUAUUAAUUGAAAUUUUGACACCUUAUUAUAACCAAAUAUAUAAUUUACGCUAUAAUUGUAUUAUAAGUACAGUAUUUAAUGUGAGCCAAAACAAUAGGUGAAAUAAAAUACUUAUGUACAUAAUAUUCUGUUUUUAAGUAUUCAACAAACUGUAAUGUAAUUAUUUAAUACUUAGUAUAGUUAUUAAAACAAAUCAGAUCAUUUUAAAUGUUGAUAUUUUUAAAAGUUCUCUCUUAUUAAACAUAUAAAUUUUGUGCAAUUAAAAAAAAAUAUUGCCAUAAUAACUAUGAGAAAAAUUAAUAAAGGAAAAUGGAAAGACUCCAUAAUGAUGUAUUAAAUUAUGUUACAAUGUAAGUAUUUUUUUUAAAUAAUGAUAGCUAGCAGUAAAGGGUAUAAAUUAUGAGAUUAACUCUUUUCUUGGCAGUAUGUAGUGAGUGUAUGACAACGCAAAGAGUAGUAAAGGUUAGAACGAUUUAUCUAAAAGGGUACAUGCUAAUUAAAGAGUUAAUACAAUUUCUAGAAAUUGAGGGGAAUAAAGAAUAAGGUUUUAUUAUAUUUUUUAACUAUAUGCUUUUUGGAAAUUAUUUGUGUUUGUCGAUAGCACAGGGAUAUCUAUAUAACGUCACACUUUUAAUUGAAUUUUAUAAAAUUCUAUACUAUUUUGUUAGUAAUUUUAUAUUAUCCUUAGAUUUUUACUUAUUAAUGAACCAAAUGCUGCAUUAUUAGACACAAUAAUAAGUUCAGUAGUUAUUUUUAUACACUUCAACGUGCUUUUAGUUUAACUUAUAAAGUUAAUAAUGCUAAUAUAUUUAUUUUUGAGCAUCUGGUAUGUGAUAAGUUUUACUAUAAAUAAUAUUAUUAAAGAAUUGAUUUUAAAUAAUAUUUUAUAGGUUGUAUUGUUUAGUUUAGGCACAAAUUAAUACUCCAGAUAAUUGUGAAAUAAAACUAGUCACUAGAUAAGUUUUUUAUUGUAAUUUGUUUGUAAUGUUUGUAGUAAAAUUAGAGUUACUUUAGGUUUUUUGUGAGUGGAAGUGAAAAAUACCGAAAGGGAAAUCAUGCCAUACUAGUUGCUUUGUUCCGACACACAUUAAUUCGUCUUCCAUUGCUGUAGACCUUACUUUAGUAAUUUCCGUUUUACAUAAUCAUAGAUUUUUGGGAUCUACAAACUUGUUCACAAAAGUUAAAGUUGGUUAAGCAGGUUUAGGUGACAUGUCAAUGUUUAUUAUGUAGCAAUUUUUGUUUUAUCAUGUAUAUACAAGUGGUAUAAUAUAAUGAUUAUUAAGGUUUGAAAUCACUACAAUUAAAUUGGAUUUUUUCUUGAGUAAUUACCGUUUUAUGAGAUUACUCAGAAUAUCAUAAUUUAGAAAUGGAAUUUAAAUGUUGAAAAAUCAGAAUUUCUUUAAUUUAAUGACAAAAUUAAUACAAUACGUUUCAAUACAUGCGUAAAAAUUGUAAAAUUCAACAUAUUUUUUAUCUAUUUUACAUAUUGUAUUAAGUCUUAUUUUUGCAGCUGUACAGGAGCUACUUUUAUUUUAAAAGCAUUUGCAGAAUGCCGUAAAGUGAGUUUUAACUUUAACUUUUUGGUUAAACUUCUUUUUAUUUUGACUCUAUUGAGAUUUGAUACUACUCAUUAGCAUUUGAAAUGAUAUUUAAAAUUUUAUUUUAAGAAAGGUAAAUAGCUGAUAACAUUUGAAGUACGUAUCAACACUCCAAGAGUAAACUAUUAUUACGUGCAAUAUCCCUCCAGUCAGAGAGUUUAUGGUUUUAACACCAAGGACUUAGCCUUAAUGAUUGUGUUCAGUGUUAGUGUUACUUAUGUAUUGGCAGACAAUUGUAUUAUUUCCUCUUCAUAUAAGUCACAUUUAGCCAAGAACUAACUGUCUUUGUUGUGAAACUGCCAUUGUUUUAAAAGAUGUGUCAGUUAACAUAUAUAAAUGUGUAAGAAUUUUCACUUCUUUCUUUUAUUUAAUUGAGAAAAAUUCUGUAAUUUUGAGCACAAUAAUGUUUUUUAUAAGUGAUAAUGUCUUGAAUGUCAAUUAUGUGUGUCAAAGUAUGUGAAAUUAUAGAAAGAUACAAUUCUUUUGUAUAACUCCAUCUUUGCUGUUUAGAUUGUUAACAGUAAUUUUUAUUUUAUGAAAGGAUGAUUAUUUAAAACUUCAGUGUGUGAAUUUAAAAUAAUUAUGAAAAUUCUAAUGAGCCUCCAGUAAUACUAUACAAUUGAGGCACCUCUCACAUUGAACCUGAAUUUGCUCCACAUUAUGUUAAGUUUCUGCUGAAGACUAUAACUUUUAAGUGGCUCAGCAACUUUGCUGAUAAAAGUUACUGUUAUUGAUAGGAUCAUGGGUUUGAAUCUAAAAAGUUCAAAUGUAAACAUAAGUUAAGUGGUACAUUAUUUUAAAGUUGUUUAAAGCCAAACCUUUCGAAAUUUGGUUUACGCUUUUGUCUUUAUACCUAAGUGGUCUUCAAAAAUAUCUAAAAUUAGGAUGUUUAAUAUUUUUUUCAUCCCCAAAUUAGAGUUGCUGUUAUUAUUCAAUUACUUACUUACAGUUAAACUUUUUACUCUACAUAAAAAUGUCACGAGGCAAAAUGUCUGAGCAAAAUGUCUAAACAAAAUUUGUUGGGCCCAACCCUCUCCAAAUUUGAUAUAAAAAAAUUGAUAUCUUCUUAGUCAGCAUCCAAAAAAUCGUUUUAUAUAAUGAAAAAAUAACAAAUGUUUACCCAAAAAGUGUAUCCCUCUCCUAUUAAAGCAGUAUUUUGAGGUUGUUAAGACAGAAAAUAAUAAUAUUAAUAUCAAAAUCAAAUCAUUGAACGCAUUAAAAAUUCUAUUUAAAAAUUGCCAUUAAAUCAAAUUUAACAAAAAAUGUCUUCUAUAAGAUUUAAUAAAAGAUAUACUAAUUUUGUUCAUUGCUUUAUUUUAUGUACUGAAUUCAGUAUUUAUAUUGGGUAUAUUAUUAUAUUUAUAUACUGUAUUUUAUUAUACUGACUUGUACCACAGUGUUGUAAUAAUAAGUAUUGUUAUCACGGGUUCAAAUCCCGGGGAGGUCCAAUCAUGUAAUAAUAAUAAAAACCAGUGCAUUUUGAAGCCGGCAUAGCUGACGCUGAGACUUAAAUGAGAUAUAAAAAAAAACAGGUUCUUUGAAUUAAUAUUUCACAACUUACGGAGACUAAGAUAGGAUUUUUUAACUGCUUUACAGACCAGUAGGGUGUAGCCAGGAGGAAUUUUAAAAUAAGGAUAGGCCUAUAUAUUCAUCCCACCCUAAGAAUGUCCAAGUAAAAUUUCAGUACAUUCGGUUGAAUAGUUUAUGCGUAGAGUAGAAGCAAAACAAAGUCACUUUCAUAUUUAGAAUAUUAUUACAAUGUAAUAUUGAUUUUUUGGGGAAAAGGUUCCUUUACACUAUGUCUAGAUUAGAUUGAAAAAGGGGGUUAUAAUGGACUCUUAGUUCCCAAUGUGUCAAACUAAGGUUAUUGUACACCCCAAGUUCCUUUAGUAGGACCUGCCUACCUCUGUAUCUUCAACAAGAUCCAAGAAUUUCUGCCUAAUGCUGACAUCAAAUUGAUUACCUGGCUGUAAGAUUCCAAAUAAGGUUCUUCUCCUAACCUCAAGCCUCUCACAACCCAAAAUAAUGUUUUAAGUAGUCUCCUCCGUCAGAUUACAUAGUCUACACCUAGGGUCUUCAGUAAUGAAUCCUAAGGUGUGCAAAUAUUUCCUGAAUCGGCAUGUCCAGUAAUAAGGAAAAUUACCUGUAUCAGAAGGGCUUUGUUUAGCUUCGUCAGCCAGUUCGUGAACUGGAUGCUAGUGUCUCUAAUGAGCUUCUUGUCAAAUUAUUGUCCAGAAAAAUUUUUGCCAUCAAUGACAGUGUUAUCUCUGAAACAUUUUCUAACAGCUUAGUAGGCAGUUGACUUGCUUAUACUGCAAGCCAGUUCAGGUUCAAGAAAGUGCUUCUUUAAAUUAUUUUUUGCCAAUUUGUCAGUGAGUUUAUUGCAUGUCCAGGAACUAGUCUGAGAUGUACAGAGUUACGCCUAGAUAGAACGGAUAAAGUUUUAAAGCAUCCUCAUGCCAGCCUUAAAGUAAAUUCUGUUGAUUCUUCUUCUGUAAGAGCAGCUUAGCUAUUAGAUGGUAUCCGUCACUAUCCGUUGAUUGACAUAAUUUAUAGUCAGUCGUAUAUUUAGCACAAGCUAGAAUAGUGAAAAUAUUUCAGCUUGAAAACUUUUUAAUGCUCUCCCAGAUUUUUUGUUGAGAGCUGUUCUGGGAGAUGAACUCCAUGUCCCAUAACCAGAUCUGCACUCAAACAAGGAGCCAUCUCUGUACCACAACAGAUCUAAGAUUAUCAUUGUUCGUAUGGGACAAAACUCAUGGAUGUUUCACACACAAGGCUCUAAAUUACUCUUUAAAGUUUUAAUAUAUUAUCAUCUUUAUUUUAAAUAUCAAGACAAUAUAUUUUAUUUUAUCAAAAUACAUAUAAAUUAAAUGUAUCAAAUAAGAUGCUUUCUGUUGAAUUUGUCUAACCAUCCUAUUAAUAUUGUAUAUUGUUUGUUAAAAUUUAAUUUUUUAAAAUUAAACUUUAAUAAAAGUCUUAAUUAUUAAAGACUUGUUUGUGUCUUUGUUAUUACAUUCAAAGGUGAGGUUUAUGUAAAUCAUUUGAGAAUUGUUAGUGCUAAGUCUACGGAUUUCAUCAAGCACUGAUAAGAUUGAUAAAGUUUGAAGUAAACUUUAAACAUGCGUAUUUGCGGAUUUAUGAAGUGAUUGAUUAAGUAAAAUUUUCAACUGUAGGUAUGUAACUUUUAGUUCCUGUUUUACUCUAAUUCAAUUAUUAUUAUAGACAUGCCAAAAAAAAAAACAAAAAAAAUCAUAAGUCACAGCAAAAUGAAUGAUACUGUAGUUAGCACUAAAUCAUGGCUAUGAAUUGUUUUAUUUGAUAUUAAUCUAUAUCAAAACCACCAAGGAACCAAAAAUUCAAAAUACCUCAAGGAUCUGCUCUGCUAAUGUAAGUUAUCAGCCAGCUGACCAUCUUCAUUUUAGUCCCAUAAGAAUAAUGUUAGAUUUCAAACAGUUUUAGGUACUUAUUAUUAUAGGUCUUAGAUUAUUAGUCUUAGAAGAUACCUCAUUGGCUAGGUAUGAUUAGUAAGGAUCCAAAUACUUUCUAGUGUCUUUGAUAUUUUUAUUCAUAUUCAGAAGCAAAAAAUUUUAAACUUUUUUGCUCUUUAUUGUUCAAUUGUCAAGAAAAAUCAAAAGUGUACACUUUACAAGAAAAAAUUAAGUGUUUGAAUGUUUAUUAAUCAAAUUUUUAAAAUGGGUUAGAAUAUCUCUUGUAGUUCUUCAACCAAAAGUUUAGCAUUGUUCUUAUGGGGUGAAAUUAAGGCAAUUUCACUACUCUUUAGUCUAAUGAUCAUUUAAAUUCUGUCAUAUACGUUCAGUGUUAACCCUUAAGUAGAUUAAUUUCUCAUUUUUGGAUGGAUAAUUGUACAAGAUAUCUCAUUUAAAAUGCAAAAUUAAUACGCAUAAAAUACCUAUGGGUUAUUGUUAAUUUUGGUUGUUUAGCAAAUAAAUUGUAUGACAUUUCAUUCACACAUUCAAACACUAAAAAUAUAUAUUACACACAAAACUUAAAAAGAGUUCGAUUCAUGGGAAACAAAUAUUUAAAGUCGUACAUCUUGUAAAUCAAGAGUAGGGAGUAAUGGAUUUAAGGUGUAGCUUUGGGUUAUAUUUAAUAUUUAUCUAAUUUAAAUUUCAAAUCUACAAGAAUGGAAUAUCAUGCUUUAACGCAAUAGAAAAUGUUUUAUUGUGUCUGAACAGCAAAGAAAGAGUUUUUCUUUAACGUCAUUUAAAGAACUUUCUCUCUAUAGACACAAAGUUAUCUGUGUUGUAUUCUCAAAAGAGUUGAAAACUGUCAAGCGUCUGAUUGUAAGUCCAAUGCAACUGUAUAUUUUGUUAUGGCGAUACCAAACUGUUACUGUAACAACGACUGUAAUAUUGUAUUAAACUGUUAAUGUUGAA